AAAUUGGUAAAGUUACCAACCUUUAAGACAUCGCUGCAGUAGCUGUAAACUUCGGCUUCGAUUUCAAUCAACAGAGAGUUUGUGAAAUCCAAUGGGCAAUCAUUUUCUCACGUUGUCUCUCCUCCUCGUGAUUGUCUGCGUUUGCGUUUCCAUCAUCACCACUAAGCUAAACCCUAAAGAAGCAAUCAUGUCUCCCUCCGAUUCAAAUCCCAUCGAAAUUCACGGAGUCAAGAUCCUGCGACAACCUUCCGAUUCCAAACUUGCUCAACUCGGCGUCGCCUCUUGGCCCAAGUGGGAAGGUGGUCCAAGCAAGUUUCCAUGGACGUUUAAGAAGACAGAGACAAUGUAUUUCGUGGAAGGGAAGAUCAAAGUGAAUGUGGAUGGAUACGACAGAGAGGAAGAUGUCUUUGAGAUAGGGAAAGGAGAUGUGGUGAUUUUCCCUAAAGACAUGAAAGUUGUUUGGGAGAUAAUUGAAGCUGUCAAGAAACAUUAUAGCUUAGAGGAUUAGUGUGAACUUUGUUCUGUACAAGAUAACUUAUGUCAAAGUCGUGUGAGUUUGUUGUGUGUAUGGUUGCGUCUCUGAAACUAGCUUUAUAUAUGGUGACGGACAUGAUGUUCUAAAAAUUAACAAUGUUUUUCAGAUUUGAACCAGAAAACAAACCGGGAAAGACCCACCAAGUUUGUAUCGGAUAAGUUGUUUCCAGCGAAUUCGUGAAUACUUCCGCUACGUGUCAA